AUGGAUCAAACUAGUAGUCCUCAAGAUGGUUAUUCUCUAAAUUCAUAUCCAUUCCCAACGGGAAAAUCCCUUGUGGCAACUACGACAUUACAGCCCUCUCCUCAUUUAACUUCCACAACCGAGUUGUCAAAUCCUGAUUAUCUACGAUUGGUGCUUACUGCAAGAGUUUACGAAAUUGUUAAGGAGACUCCCUUACAGUUGGCUGCAAAUCUUUCUGCAAAACUUGAUAGUAAAAUUUUAUUAAAAAGAGAAGAUUUGCAGGAAGUUUUUUCUUUCAAGAUUAGAGGUGCAUAUAAUAAGAUUGCUCAUUUGACUGAAGAGGAAAGAAAAAGAGGUGUCAUUGCUUGCUCUGCUGGUGCCGAAGUUGUCCUAUUUGGAAGUGAUUUUGAUGAAGCUAAAGAAGAAUGUGCUCGUUUAGCUAAACUUCGUCAUCUCACCAACAUUCCUCCAUACGAUGAUCCAUAUGUUAUAGCUGGUCAAGGAACUAUAGCUAUGGAGAUUCUUCGUCAACAUAAUUUAAAUGAAAUUGAUGCCAUAUUUGCGAUAUGUCCCAAGAUUAAAAUCAUUGGUGUUGAAACUUAUGAUUCUAAUGCGAUGACUCUGUCGUUGAAGGAAAAAAGACGAGUUACACUUGAUGAAGUUGGAUUGUUUGCUGAUGGUGCUGCUGUUAGAGUUGUUGGCGAGGAAACUUUUAGAGUGUGUAGUGAAGUAGUGGAUGAGGUUAUUAACGUUACCAAUGAUGAAAUUUGUGCUGCUAUUAAGGAUAUUUUUGAAGAUACCAGAUCUAUCGUUGAACCAGCUGGUGCACUUUCUGUAGCAGGUGUUAAAAAAUACGUUGCUGAAAAUAAUAUUACAGAUGGUUGCUUUGUUGUUGUUACAUCAGGUGCAAAUAUGAAUUUUGAACGUUUAAGAUUUGUUGCUGAGCGUGCUAAAUUGGGUGAACGUAGUGAAGCAUUGUUUUCGUUUAUUAAUAUUCGCAACAGAUACUCUGAUCCUGAAAAAGCGUGGAUUUACAUGUCAUUUGAAGUUGACGAUCGUGAGAAAGACCUUCCUUCUGUUUUAGAAAAAUUAGAAGCUAAUGGGUUUUACGCUCAGGAUAUUAGCGAUAAUGAAAUGGCUAAAAGUCACGCGAGGUACCUGGUCGGUGGAAGAAGUAAAGUUGAAAACGAACAAUUAUAUCGGUUUGGGGCAUUAAAAAAAUUUCUUUCGGGACUUCGUUCAGAUUGGAACAUUUCAUUGUUUCAUUAUCGUAACCAUGGUUCAGAUCCGCAAUCAACUCGAUUCGCGAUUGAAAGCAUGUCGUCAUCAACAGCAUCAUCUGGUGUUAGUGAUAACGAUAAUGAAACGAGCAUUAAUUUACUCGAUAAUGAAGAUAUUGUUUUUAAUGAUAACUAUUCCACUACUAUUCACGGUGUUGAUAAAAUAGAUAUAGGGAAAGUAUUAGUUGGAAUUCAAGUACCGCCUCAAGAUUCAGAAGCGUUCGAGAAUUUUAAGAAUCAACUUGGAUAUCAUGCUAUUAAUGAAACUGAAAAUCCUGUUUAUAAACAAUUUUUAAGAUAUAGUCAAGAAGAUAAGAUUUUAAACUCAAGGUCUUAA